UUUAAUAAUUCCGCACAACGAUUUCUAUACGCCAAAUCAAAGCAUUGCGAACUAAAUUCAUUCAUUGAUUCAAUUAUAAAAUUUCAUCUUACAUCCCACAUUUUGUGGUACGUAAUUAUCCACAAAAUUUCACCUUUCACCAGACACAAAACGCGACAAACUUCACACUGGGAAAUUUUGCAACAUGUAUGGGUUAAUAUUUCCUACCGUCAUUCUAUCGUUACGUAGUGCGUGCACCCAUUCAUUCGAUUGUGUUAGUUCUUAUUCUGGCAACUGUGGGGCACACACUUCCUCCCUUGAUUUUUUUGUUAUUUAUGUCGGAUAUUGUGAAAAAUUCGGCUAGUUUGUCCCCGGUGGGUGUAAAAUGUCGCUGGGUUUCGCAUAAGUUCCUGUCGCUAGUGGAAAACUCCUGAAGUUUCGCUCAAGGUUUGUGUGCCGUUUCCAAAUUUCGUGCGUGAGUACGUUGCAUAUUCGUGCAAAUAAAGGUUGGUGUGUGCGCGCGGGGGACACGGGAGUGGACGUUUCGAUCGGUGAGAGUGGAGCCUCCGUGCAGCCGCGGAUUGUUUUUUUGUCGUGCAAAAUAUCGCGUGUGGAGUCCAGACGGCCGGCCGACAGCUGGGGUACUCACGGGGUGCAGUGAAAUCGCAUUUGCCGGACCAGACGCGAGCGGAGCUCGUCCGUGACUUUUCAGUUUCCCGUGGAGCGGGACACCCGUCGCCGUGCGAAUCCGAGUCCAAACCAGCUCUUGGGGUCCCGGGCGGCAGCACUCCAGAAGCCGUGCCGUGUCGGAGCAUCCGCGGUGAAAGUGCAUCGUUCGCGUUUUCACCCACGGCCCGUGGUGAGCGGCCGCGCAGCAAAUCCGUGAGAAUCGACGACAAAUUAUGCGACCAUUUAGAUACCAACUGGAUUCAUGGCACAUUUUUUGGUCUGCGUCAUAAAUCGAACGUGUUGAGUAAUUUUGAGAAAUCUGGUGAGGAACGCGAGCUAAUUUGAGGUGCGCAUACCGGCAUACCCGUCAACUGAAGGAAAGGAACGUUUCCUUGACGAGAGUGGGAGGCGCAUUCGUGCAAAAGUAUUUUGAUAGAGUCGAAAUCAGGAGAUAAAUGAUGAACUUACGCUGCCCGGCACCCAAAAAGGAAGGAAAGAUGCGUAUCCGCGCAUUUCCGACCUCUAUGGAUGAGAAGUAUGUGGAAACAAUAUGGGCAAGCUUGAAAAAUGCCAUCCAGGAGAUUCAGAAGAAGAAUAAUUCAGGACUGUCAUUUGAAGAACUAUAUCGGAAUGCAUACACAAUGGUUUUGCAUAAGCACGGCAACCGAUUGUACACUGGAUUGCGUGAGGUGGUGACCAAUCAUCUGGUGAACACAGUUUGCCCUGAUGUGUUGGACAGUCUGCAUAAUAACUUCCUGCCGAAACUUAACCAAGUCUGGAGCGAUCAUCAGACAUCGAUGGUUAUGAUUCGAGAUAUUUUGAUGUACAUGGAUAGAGUAUAUGUGCAACAGCACGAUGUACAAAACGUCUACGAUCUUGGCUUAAUACUUUUUAGAGAUCAUAUUGUAAGGCAUCGUCAAAUCCAAGAACAUUUACGCGAAACUUUACUGAGUAUGGUUAUGGCUGAACGCAAUGGAGAAGUCAUAAACCACUUAGCAAUUAAAAAUGCGUGUCAAAUGCUUAUGAGCCUUGGUAUUAACACACGAACUGUCUAUGAAGAAGAUUUUGAAAGGCCGUUCCUAGCGCAAUCGGCAUCAUUUUAUAUAAUAGAAUCGCAAAAGUUUUUAGCUGAAAAUAAUGCAAGUGUUUAUAUUAAGAAAGUUGAAGCACGCAUUAACGAAGAAUCCGCACGUGCCGCUCUCUAUUUAGAUAAAGACACCGAACCGCGUAUUGUAAAAGUUGUAGAAGAUGAACUAAUUAAAAAACACAUGCGAACUGUUGUAGAAAUGGAAAAUUCCGGUGUAGUGUACAUGAUAAAGAAUUCAAAAACAGAAGAUUUGGCAUGUAUGUAUAAAUUGUUCUCGCGACUAAAAGAGGAAGGUUUAAGGACAAUUGCGGAAGCUGUCUCGGCGUAUUUACGUGAACAGGGCAAACUGCUUGUAAAGGAGGAAGAGAAUGGAACUAAUCCAAUUACCUUCGUACAGAAUUUAUUAGAUCUGAAAGAUCGUUUCGAUCAUUUCCUACAUCAUUCAUUCAAUAAUGAUAAAAUAUUCAAGAAUAUGAUAUCAUCAGAUUUUGAAUAUUUCUUGAAUUUGAACAGCAAAUCGCCGGAAUACUUGUCGCUGUUUAUUGAUGAUAAACUUAAGAAAGGUGGAAAGGGGAUGACGGAGCAAGAAAUCGAAACAGUUCUAGAUAAAACAAUGGUUCUGUUCCGUUACUUGCUAGAGAAGGACGUUUUUGAGCGUUACUAUAAGACACACUUAGCAAAACGUUUGUUGCUCAACAAAUCAGUCUCAGAUGAUUUUGAAAAGAACAUGAUUUCGAAACUGAAGACUGAGUGUGGAAGUCAAUUUACCUCAAAACUAGAAGGAAUGUUCAAGGAUAUGUCAGUAUCAAACACGAUAAUGGAGGAAUUUAAGAAUUAUGUAAAUAAUCAAAAAAUCUCGUUAUAUGGCGUAGAAUUAACGGUUAGAAUAUUAACAACUGGUUUUUGGCCGACACAAUCGGCCACGCCAAACUGUAAUAUACCAAUGGCACCUAGGGCUGCAUUUGAAACAUUUAAGAAGUUCUACCUAGAUAAACAUUCAGGAAGACAGCUGACACUACAGCCUCAAAUGGGAACUGUAUAUAUCAACGCUGUGUUCUUCGGAACAAAGGGCGAAACAGAGAAGGAUAAAGAUGGUCCCAGUUCGAGUUCACCCGGUAUCGUUUCUCCCACAACCACUCGAAAGCACAUCCUUCAAGUGUCGACGUAUCAGAUGUGUAUCCUAAUGCUAUUCAAUAAUCGUGAUCGAUUAACAUAUGAGGAGAUUCAACAAGAAACUGAUAUUCCCGAAAAAGAGUUAAUUCGAGCCUUACAGUCGUUAUCGAUGGGCAAGCCAGCACAGAGGCUUCUGGUGCGCAAUCCAAAAACAAAAGACAUUGAACCUACGAACGAGUUUCACGUGAACGAUGCAUUUGUAUCUAAGUUUCAUAGAGUUAAAAUUCAAACAGUGGCAGCCAAAGGUGAGUCAGAGCCUGAACGAAGAGAAACUCGAGGCAAAGUUGACGAAGAUCGUAAGCAUGAAAUUGAAGCUGCUAUUGUUAGGAUAAUGAAGUCCCGCAAACGAAUGACGCAUAAUCUGCUUGUAUCGGACGUAACGUCACAAUUGAAAUCACGAUUCUUACCAUCACCCGUUUUCAUUAAGAAACGAAUAGAAGGCCUUAUUGAAAGGGAAUAUCUGGCGAGAACACCCGAAGAUCGAAAAGUUUAUGUAUAUUUGGCUUAAUAAAUUUCAUCCAAGCAAAGACUCAGAGAGCGAGAGAGAACAUAGACACAAGAACGAAAAAGGGAAGAUAAAAAUCUGUUUAAUUCAACCAUGCAAGACGUCGAUGCCGCCUCUUCUCGUCGCAUCAUUCGCUAAUCACCACCACUACCGCAACCAUCAAACUGUAUUCUAACAAUCGGAAUACUGUCGCCUCCAUUAGACGAAGAUUGGUCGAAUCUCACUAGCUAAUAAUCGAGUUGCAAUCGGAAAUGGGAACAACUCAAUAGAAGUAGUGGAACUAGCAAGGAAUGGGAACGGAUCGUACCCCACUUACUUACAAGAACGGAUAAUCAGAUAGAAAUUAUAAAAAAAAACUUUUUUUCCAUCAGAUAAAACACCAAUCAACUAGCAACCACUACAAUAAAAAAAAACAAAAAAGGGAAAGAGAACAAUGUCAUAAAGACGACACUACAGAAAACGGAUCAACAGAUAAAUUGCAAAUAAAGCGAAAAUUUAGUUGAAAGAAGACAAUUUUACUCUACUUUUUAAGGCAACUGCGGUUCAAAAUACUCUUUACACUCAUUUCCUAUUUGUCAACCCUCCCCGAGGUUUUUCCUUUUCUUCUUUUCUUUGUAUUUUUUUCCUCUCUGUUUCAUAGUCGAUUUCAAUAUUUUUUUCACUUUCUUUUUCUAUUCGUUUUUAAUUAUUUGCGAAUGUCAAUGAGUACUAAGCGUAGGACGAAACACGGAAAAGAAUAUGAGAUAUGCAUACAUGUAUGAUAAUUGAAAAACAAUAAAAAAUCUGAAAUAUUUAACGAUAAAUCUUGAUGAAAUAGUGACACAAAGAAACAACGGUAAAAUGGUGAUUUGAUGGAAUAUUAACAACAUUUCGAGAAUGAGAAAUUUAUAAAUAAAUGGAGAGAAAUAAGAAAAUGUUUUAGUGUAUUAAAGGAAUAAGAAUGAUGAUGAUUAUUAUAAUUAAACAUAAAAUAUAUAUUUUAAAAAAUUAACAUUA